AAACACGAGCCGAGCUAAUCUUGUGAAUCAAUCACCAAGCUUGAUAGCCCCGAAGGGUUAACUUGUUUAACCUGGUGCUUAGCAACUCGCCAAUGAGUGGAAGGCAGAUAAAGAACAGGUGAAGGGGAGAUGCAGCUCAUUUACCGGCUAGCAUGAAAUGCAGGGCUGCGAUUGGUUAGGAAGACUUUCCUCUAAUCACCACCAAGGCGCGCAGCCAGAAUCUAUUUGCGUAGUCUCCGCCUCCUUGACGCUAACGCUAGUGUAAAGUAACCAAUAAAAACGUAGUACUGAAAGUGCCUUCAUUUGCAUACAAGCUCUAUAAGUAGCGCAUAGCCAGCCUUCCUGUAACAGUCCGUCUUUGCCUCUUCCAUUUUGUGGUGUUUCUUUGAACGUGGAGGAAAAUGCCGGACCCGGCCAAAUCCGCUCCUGCUCCGAAGAAGGGCUCGAAAAAAGCUGUCACAAAAGUCCAGAAGAAAGACGGCAAGAAGCGCAAGCGCAGCCGUAAGGAGAGCUACUCUGUCUACGUGUACAAGGUACUGAAGCAAGUACAUCCGGACACGGGCAUUUCGUCCAAAGCCAUGGGCAUCAUGAACUCCUUCGUGAACGACAUCUUCGAGCGCAUCGCAGGCGAGGCUUCCCGCUUGGCGCAUUACAACAAGCGUUCGACCAUCACGUCCCGGGAGAUCCAGACGGCCGUGCGCCUGCUGCUGCCUGGGGAGUUGGCUAAACACGCCGUGUCGGAGGGCACCAAGGCGGUCACCAAGUACACCAGCUCCAAGUGAAGCGCAGCCGAGACGUGAUUGAUCGACUUUACCCCAAAGGCUCUUUUCAGAGCCAC